GUUGCAGUCAGGCAGAUCGAUGUCGCAACGGAGAUGAGUGGGUCAUUUUGAGUGGCAUGCCAAGACCCAACGCAGUGAACCUCCAAGUCGCAAGACGACAGCUCCUAUCACCGACCAAACGCUCAGCAACCGCGACCUGCUGACCACCUAGCGCACAGGAGGAAAAAGAUGAGGCUCCCAACCCUCAUAUCCGCGCUGCUAGCCAGCAGCGCGACUACCACAUUGGCAAGCGCCGCUUCCGCUCGCACUGUAGCCAUCUACAUCCAGCCCGUCGCCGCCUCCCCCGGCAGCACCGAGGCGCCACCGCCCCCUUCCUUCCUCGCCGAGCUCGCCCUGCCGGACCUGCCUUCCCCCACUGAAGGGGAAGGCGACGCAACAAUCCCCUGCGAGGUGCUCGCCUACGAGGCGCCCGACCUCGACCUAGACGCAGGCGCAUACGCGGACGCAGGCGCAGACCAACAACAACAACCGCACCAGCUCUUCCGCACCGGCGUGUACGACCCGGCCGCGCGGCGCUGGCUGUCCCCGACGACGGCCGCGUCGGCGCGCAACUUCGCCAAGGGCUACGCGCCGCGCUUCGAGCUGGGGCUCGACGGCGACGGCCACGUGCUGGGCGCGACGGUGCGCGGCGUGGCCAUCGACGCGGGCUACACGCGCGACUUCGGCCCGCGCGCGGCGGCCGUCGUGCGCGCCGCCCGCCCCGGCCCGCAGCCCGUCCUGGGCAAGCCGGUGGUGCUGUCGCCCGAGGGGCGCAAGGUGGUGGUGGAGGAGAGGACGUUUCUGCAGAAGUACUGGUGGGCGCUGGCUAUCGGCGCGUUCUUGCUCCUCUCCGGAGGGGGAGGAGAGCAGAGCUCGUCAUAGAUCUAUGGAUGGUUUGCGUGUUUCGUGGGUUCACUCGGUGAAACUGGCAGGUGCAUAUGAGUGUCUCUGUGGCUGUUCCGAUGUCCCCGGCAUCUCCAGGUCGGUGGACCAGCUUGCC